AUGGAGUUGGUGGAUUUCCGUAUCACAGAGAGAGAAUCUCCCAGAGCAACGUGCAUUGGUUGGUCAAGUUCCUUACACGUCGUUGCUCGUCAGGGAGAUGCUAAACGGACAAUCAAUCGGUAUGCCUAUGACACAAGUCCCUCGUUAGUCGACCCUAUUGAAUUCGAACAACAGCACGUCGCUGCCAUCGGACAACGUUUCCUGUACUUGAUGGGCGGAUUCUUCUGCACACUUCUUGCAUUCCAGAAUCCAGAAAAACCGCAAGAUUAUAGCAAUGAGAGAAGCCUGGGAAGACUUACCAGUAGGCAUGCCAGUCCGAGGGGUCUCUGCACUGUGCUUUCCCCUGAAGCCUAUACUGCUGAUCUCUUCAUCGUCUCCAAUCGAGACGUGCAAGCAUACCUCUUCCUCCGAGAAUGCAGCAAUUGCAAGCAAGUGUUUGCUUUUUCCAAGCGAUCGAUUAAUAACAGCAAAGAAAGCCGAGAAUAUCAAAAGAAGGAAUGA